ACAUAGUUAUCUAGCUAUCCAACGUAGCACCACACUCCCCCCCAAUACAACUCAACUGAUGAGUAAUGUUCUGAAACAUUGCAAAUAAAUAAUGAGUGGAAAAAUACCACAUCGCGAUGUUGGACCCUUCAUCCAAUUAUUACGUGAAAAAUUGAUGCGUGGCAGGAAACACGUCAAUCAUAUAAGAUGGGCAGACGACAUUGCUGCACGUACUCAGCCUCCUCCAGAUCUGCCUGGUGGACCAUACCAUAAGACAACUAAAAUUUACUACUUCACAAGGGAUGCUAGACGUCUGGUCGAACCCCCAGAAAUUGUUGCAUUGGGAAAGAAACAAAUUACUGCUGGAUCUGCUGUCUCAACAGAGGUAAAACUGAUUACUCCAAAUGCUGCUUAUAAUCCCAAGGUAGUCAGUCUUCCAAAACCAGUGUACGCGGACGAAAUUGGAGCAUAAAUCGUAAUAAAACUGAAAUAAUAACUAGACUGUGAAUUUUGAAUGUAGAGAAAUGCAGAUAAUAAAUAAUUACCGUUACUUCUAA